AUGGAGUAACAACCUGAAAAAAAUUCUAGGAAAUCAUUUAUUAAUUUUGUGUUAAAAAGAUUUAACUCAAAUAAAGAAAAAAGAUAAGCCAAAUAUACGAAAUCUGAUUUGCAUAUGGCUUUAGACAAUAUAAACAGGAAAAGAUUUAAAAUUUUUUUGACUUAUGAAAUGCCGAAAUAUAUAUUAAGCAGUAAUAAAAUCUAAAAUCGUGAGGAUUACUUUUAAGAACUUAACUUUAUGCUAAGUUGUGCAGAAUAAUAACAGAAUGGUCAAGAAUAUUAUAAGGGUUGCUUUAAAGCUUAAAAGAAUAAACCAGAAAGGCAUUACCUACAAAUUGUUGCAAAAAGGUUAUCUCGUCUCUCCUAUUUUGACGAACUAAAUGUCAGAAAAAAAUACUAUGGAAAAAAAUAAUAUGUCGAAUUAAUUAAACACAUAAUGCAGAAAAGCAAUAAAACCGAUAGAGAAGCUAAAUAAAUUCUUAUUAAUUUUCUAGAUAGCGAAGAGAUUAAUGAUAACCAAAAAGAACAUGUAAAGAAUGAAAUUCUAAAGCUAAACAUUUAAUGA